AUGUCUUUCAAGACUGUCCUGUUUGCUUUCAUUAUCCUAAACGCUAAAUUCUUCUCCAUAUCUAAAAACCCCUGCGAUCGCGUAAGAUUUCGCUGGGACAAAAGGUUUCAAUUUCCCAGCGUCCUGCCAAAAGAUUCUGAGGAUUGGAAAGACCUUGUUUGCCGUUUCGCAAAUUGUCUCCUCAACUCAGGCAACAGUUCUAUAAAGUCGUCGCGAGAAAAUUAUCGAAAACUCAAUCACGGAUCAUGGAUAGAUGUUACUUUUCCUGUCAUAUCUGAAUCGCCAAACAUAACAUUUAAACGGCUGCCACGGCCUGUUUUGGUCGUCAAAGAAACUUCCUCAGGCACCGCAAGCCAGAUGUUGAGGGCUCUCGGACAGAUAUGGAAACUAUUCGCCUUUUGCCUUAUAGCUGCCGCAUUGUCGGGAAUCAUAAUUUGGUUCUUUGUAAGUACUUCAAUACUAAUGAAAAUACUUCCAUUAUUUGGGGAGAACACUAUUCAUUAAUAAAAAUGCUUUAACUAUUACGAUCACGUUACCUUUCAUUUUUCAUGAAGAAGUUCAAAACGCGGUUUUACAUUUGAUAGGGGAAAUGAUGGCAAACAGUCAUUGUACACAUUAAUAAUGAACAUAGACAAUAGUGCCAUGAACUACCACAGUUCAACAAAUUUGUCGCCGUACUUCCAUUCAGCAUGACAUUCGUUUGGUGUUGUUGGUUGGAACGGUUAAAUGCUAAUAUUUUUUGUUUAUAGGAUCACAAAGCAAACUCCGGUCAUUUCCCUCCAUCAUUUUGGAUCGGCAUACGUGAAGGCUUAUGGUGGGCCAUUGUUACCGCGACAACCACGGGGUAAGUAAUUUUAUAUAUUUUUUACGGGUAGCAGGAUCUUGAAAGAGGAGUUAUUGUUUAUAUAGCAGAAGCCUUUAAGAUAAUUUUUUCAUCAUCAACCGUCAAGAAAUUAAUAUUUAUCAUUUUAUAACAGUCAACCACCUGCGUAUUGCAGUCCACUCGUGCUUUUAGCGCUUCUAAUAUUUCUGAGAAAAUUAUCCCACUGAAAUUAAUUUGAUGUAGCCCUAAAUUGCUAUCGAUGUUAUAUACUACAGCCUUGCAUAUGCAUAUUCUACAGCCUUUUGAGCGAAAUUUGCAUGAUAUAUUUGACACGUUUUCAAAUUAUACUUUAGUAAUUACGGCGACAAGGUUCCAUAAUCAAUAUGUAAUUGCUAGAGCGGCGUCUCACUUUACUAUAAAAGAUUUCAAAAGGGUUGAGGCUCUUACAGCGGUGAUUAUAUUGGCGUGAACACCUAAAAUAUGUCUGGAAUGUUUAUUGUGUUGCAACCAAUCACAGGUGAGAUCUUCUCACCACAGAAACCACAGGCAACGAACGGUUUCCGAUCGGUCAUGGAACAAAUUAUUUUCGUUUUGUUUAAGGAUACAAACUACCUUAUUAGGAAUUUAAAACACCGCUGUUUCCCAAGAUCAGUGCCGAGGACCGCAUCUAGUACAUCGUUCGAUUUCAGAAAGAAAAGUUUUAGAAGCCAACGCCACGCGACGGCGACCAGCUUUCCAUGUAACGACAUAUCACUUGGGGACAAUAAAAAAUGAACAAUCGUGAUGUUUUCGUUUCUGAUAGCACAAUCCUUGCUGACAUUUUCUUGUAGAACAAGGGGAUUCGAUUUGUGUGAACUAACGAUAUAACCUUCGAACUACUAUCUACUACCUACGAUCAGGCGUAACUACCGAUUUAGAUCGUUACAAAAAGUUUGAAAACUCGCGCGCCAAACCGUCGCCUGCGUAGGCCCGGAACAUCGGCUUUGUAAUUUAUUUCAAAAUCGCUCAAACCUGUAUUCUUCGCUAUUAUAGCAAAAUACUGUAAACAAAUAGGAAGGAAAAGCAAUUGUUUACUUGUAAAAAGACUGAAUGUUAAAACAAAAUUAAAAUAAUUUGUUCCGUGACAGAUAGGAAACCGUUCGUUGCCUGUGGUUUCUGUGGUGUGAUGAUCUCGUCUGUAAUUGGUUACAUCACAAUAAACAUUCCAGACAUAUUUUAGGUGUUCACGCCAAUAUGAUCACCGCUGUAAGCUACGUGCAAAUGUGUUGACAGUGGUGUGUAAACGGUUCCAACAACUCCCAACAAUGUUGCGGGGACCUGCAGUACCUAGUGGGAAGGAUACAACCCAUAAGACUUUGUAAACUUAAAUUCGACAGCCAUCUUGGCGCGUGCGUAGCCUCUUCAAUGUUGGAAGAGCUGUGCAAAAGGAUCCAACAUUGUUGCACUACGCUUUGGCGAUCAAGGAACAAAAGAAAUGUUAGCAGUUGUUGGCUUAAACGUUCGACGCGUCGGUUUCAAACUUUGCGCAGCAACAACUCCCAGCAACAUGCAACAGGGUGUGGAAACGGACUCAAAUUAUAACAUCCAACAAUGUUUGCAAGGGGCUUUAAAAAACUGUCGAUUUUACGAAGGAGUUCUCCCAGCCAAGUGUCCACUUCGUAUUCGUAUUGAGUGUCGAGGUUUUGCUGCCAAAGGUGCAAAUUCUCGCUUGUGAGUUUUGUUUAAAUCACAAGAAAGUUUUCAAUACACAAAAUUUUCCAUGGUCUAUGCUCUUAUCGACCACAGAAGUGGCGCUAAAAUGUUAAAACUCAAGGGGAACCACUGCAAAGCUUGACAAUUUUUGACGUCAUUUAUCUGGCCGAUUUUUCAGUUUUUGAUAUCAAUUUCCGGUGAAGGUGCCGGGAAAAAACACGCACGAAAGAAAAAGAAAAAACAGGCCAUCAUCAUCACGUCAUCCCCAUGGAUGAUACUUUCAUCAACAAUAACUCUCGACCGCUCAGCGCGGAAAAAUCGCUGAAUUGUUGCAAAAUGCUCAAUCCACUGCUGGCUACGUUUUAAUGUUUCUUCCGCAAGCUUCCUUGAACUCGUUCCCAGGGUCUCCUCCGUUGACCCUUCCUUGACCGUUGUGGCAAACAGGGAAAAUUCGCAAAAGGUAAAGCAAAAUACUUGAAAGCUGUGUUUAUCGGUUUCACUGUUCAUAAAAAAAGUUUAAAAGCAUCUAAGUACUCCUUUUUCAAUCUGAAGAAAACAGGAAGACGAAAAACCCUUUCUCUUUUAAGUUUACGUCCAUAUAUAUUUAAUUCAACAGACUUUUGUUUCAGAUAUUUCACAAACUAGUAACUUGUUUGCAUCUACUGUAGUAGGUGUACCUGUAAUACUGACAAUAAUUAAAUAUUUCAGCUGACAUGGCUGAGGGAUAUACAUAAAUGUGAUGUGUUUUUCCAUGAGAUGAAUACACUUUUACUAAUCUUCAAAAGCUUUCAAUAGUGAUCUUAGAGAUCAACAUAACAAUGAACUAACGGCGGUAUCUCUACUGGUCUGUCAAAUUUAAUUGCCAAAAAGUAGGCUUUUUUUAAGACUUGAAUUCUCUCCAUACUCCGUGGUUCUUUUCCAUUUUUGUUUUGAUAGCGGUUUUUUUUUAGUUCAUACUUUACUUUCAAUCUAUUUUCGAUAACAAUAACAAGUAGGAGAACCGGUGUCGGAGCUAAAAAACUCUCUAUUGCUUUAAACAGCUGUCUGUGCCUAAUUGUUUUUUGUUUUGCUACUUCGAUUCUUUGUAUGUGUUUGGCAUAGAAAAAACAUUCAUUGCCUCGUUUUAAAUUCAACACUUAUGAUCGUUCCCUUAACUUUGCCUUCGUAUAGCUAUGGUGACAAGACUCCAAAAUCCACGCUUGCUCGAGCAUAUGCUUCACUGUGGAUGAUCGUCGGAUUGAUGUUAAUGUCAAUCAUUACAGCCCAGGUCUCUUCUAUCAUUACCGCGGAUAACCUUCGACCUUUGAAUGAUGCAUUAGGAGAUGAGGUGAGUUGAGGUGGGGAUAAUUAUACCGCAGAGCUAUUUUUUUUUGGUUUUAUCACCUGGGUUUAAAAUGAAACAAAACUUUUAGUUUACCCAUUAGGAACAGUGCCUCGGUUUUUUUUCAUAUAUUAACUCAUAAUCGUCUUGAUUAUAAAGGGUCCUUGCACCUUGCACCUUUCCCGUAGUCAUGGUGACCGUUGAGGCGCUACGGACCUAGCAACCCUUUCCCUCCAUUUUAUUUUGCAUUCAGAUUCUCUUAGGGCGUCACGUCGCAAAACUUCAAAACCUGUUCACCAGAGAUGUUUUUCUCCCAACGUUUCUUUUGUCGGCCCUUUCUUCUCCCUCCUUGCACUGUUCCUUGUAAAAUAGUCUUGGCAAGGCCUGGUAAUCUUGAUACAUGCCCAAAACAUUUUAACUUGCGUUUCUUUAGCGUGGUUAAGAUGUCAUUACAUGGCCCGAUGGCCUGCCUGAUUCUGUUUCUGACUGCACCGUUAGUGAUGUGGUCUCUGUAUGAGAUGCUAAGCAGUUCCUAAGUCAUCUCAUCUCAGUGGCCUGCAAUUUUUUCAGGAUAUCCGCUGUCAAUAUCUACUGGGUUUCGCGGGCGUACAACAGUGCUGAGAUAACCAGGGAGCGCAUAAGUUUGAUCUUUGAGUUUAGAGACAUAUGCUUCUCGUUGCAGAUGGUCCUCAGUCUCGCUAGUGCUGCUAUAUAUAUUGUCUGUGCAAUUCUGAACAGUAUUCCGGCUUGGAACCUUGAUCUGUGACGACUGCGCUGCGCCCAAAUACAUGAAGUAACCUCGUCCAAUUUUUCGCCGUUCAUUCUGAUGUCAAUGCUGACGCCAUUUGUGACGUUGAUCAUCACUUUGUCUUCUCUGCACUAAUUUCAAUGCCAAAGGCUGCAGAGGUCUUAUCUAGGCCAUCCAUGGAUACAUGUUCCCAACAUUGUUUGUGGGGUGAGGGGAGGGGUUGGGCCUGUGUGAAUUGGAAAACGCCCAGAAAUGCAAAAGUGUCCCAAGACUUUUGUCCAUGAUUGUAGUUCCUCCUCUUUUCCUGCCAAGCAAUCAAUGUCAUGGGCAAAACGUAAGUUGAUACUUGUUCUGUCUCCAAUGCUGACUGUUCCUUGGUGAUCUUCUAGUGCGUCAGUCUUAAUUCUCUACAGAAAGAUGUUGAAAAGAGUCGGUGAGAGUAAACGUCCUUUUCUUACUCCGGCUGUGGUUCUGAACCAGUCUCCUAUGCCGCCAUUAAGCCUCAUAGUAGGCCAAGGGGCUUUAUGCCAUACUCAAUAAAGUAAAUAUAGACGUGAUAGAGGUCUUGUUGAUGUUAGAGGUACUUCUCACACAGUAUCCUAAGACUGAAGAUCUGUUCUGUCGCACUGCGUCCUGGUCUGAAGCCUGCCUUUUCUUCUACAAUGGUUGGUUCUGCCUGAGUCUUCAGCCUGUUGAACAGCACCUUCAGCUUGACCUUACGUGGGUGGCAUAUUAGGCCGAUUGUGCCGUAGUUCUUGCAUUGUUGAAGGUGACCUUUUUGGGGGAGGGUGAUGAUAAGAGACGGGUGGCGGGGGUCCAUGGUAUGAGCCACUUUCCAACAACAACAACAGCAACAACAAUGUUUAUUGUGUUCUUGAUACGAAAGUGUAACGACAUUUAAAGGAAAUAAUUGUGAAAAAAAGAGAGCACAGCCACUCAGAAAUAACAAAAGCUAAUCGCGCUGAGUGGCUGUCCUGUCUGCCAUAUUUUAUUGCUCUAAGAUUUUAUUCAAGGCGCUUAUCACGGCAUAUCCUCCUGCCUGAACCAGCUUUCCCGGGAUAUUGUCGGUCCCUGGAAAUUUUCCUUUCUUGAGCGAUUUCACAGCUGCUUCGACUCUUUCCGCAAGAUUGGGUAGUUAUCAGUCUUCGUUACUUAUAAGACAAUCAGCACCGCUGGGCCACCUUCGACUGUGUGUCUCUACAGUUCUGCGCAGUAUUGUUUCCACUUCUUUGGAAUGUUUCGGUAAAGGCAAUUCUCGUCUUUGUACUGUAUGGUGUUGGUUUGUCCUCGUUUUGUGCUGGUUAGAGUUUUUAGAAAUCCAACACCUUGUUUCUGUUUGACUUCCUUGCCACUGAAGAAAAAUUUAUGACCCUCCUAAGUGGAUUUUUCGCCAAAGUUUUUCCAUCGUACCUCGCAGAGACCUAAGAUGUUCCAGCAGUACCUGCUCAUCUGGUAUGACAAUUCUUCCAAUUUGCCUGCCAUUUGCAAGUUUGUCACGUUCCAGGUGCCAAUAAUGAUAUUAUCUCUGGGGCGUAUUUUGCUAGUUGUUACACCAGUCGCAUACUUUUCACCUGCGUUAUUACGGAGCAUCCCACAAUUUGAAUAGAAAUUAGACAUAACACAACAUAGCCCAUAGCAGCCGAUCGACCGUCACCAAACUGUGAGAAAUAUGUGAUCGAACUGCUUCUAAAAAGAAGGAAUAUUUAAAAACACUUGGAAAAGCCUUAAAGAUGAGGUUGAACUCUCUUUGUGUAAAGUACUAGCGUUAAACUGAUUAACAUUACGGCAAACAUCAGGAGUAGUUCCAUUGGCCAUCAUUGAGCUAUAGCACAUCUGUAAGUGAUGUACUUUUCUGAUCUAUUGUAGGUUGGCGUGCCUUUGGGAAGCCUUACUUUUUUUCAGAAUUACAGCAUGGAUGCCCCAUCCUUCAAAGGUACAAUAUCAAAGCUUGAAUGGUUUUUAUUAUAAUCCCUUAUCAAUAUGACAGUAAUCUCCAUUUCAUUGCACAGCAUAUCUUCCCACUCAUCUCAGAACUUGUAGGUACCCCUCACAUCUAAAUACCUUUAAAGUGUUACAAUGACUUUGAAAUCGGAGGUCCGGUAAUUUACUUUAUUUGUUAAAAAGAUAAAAAUAAUACCUAAAACGAUAAAAAACGUGAAACGCUAAGCGAGACAAAGCUUCAAGUUUAUUCAGUGGCCAAAGCUGUGAACUGGAAAACUUGAACGAUCUCUAAUAUCAGAGACAUGGAUAUCGACAUUCAGUUAGACACACUGCAGAGUGUCCUCAUGAGUUGGAAAUAAACGAGACCCUGCAUGAACAUUAUAAAUCAUCAGAGAAAGGUGAGAUGUAUAGUGGCAAAGAUUUUUACAUAGUGCUUAAUUACAUAUAUGUGGGAACCACGUGAGAUUGGUGGAGAAUGCAGCACAGGUAGCCGUGAACAGCAGGUGCAAGGGUACCUACUUUUCCAUCGAUACAAUUAAGGGAGGCUUGAACCCUCUCGCAGUAGUCUUUUUCUGACGGGCUUGAACGUAUAUCUAAGGAAGGUUGCUGAUGCAAUAUUAGGUAGACUCAGAAACUCAUAAGGGGUUGAAACGUGUAACUCUCAUAUGUUUGCUUUGUCCGAUGCUCGUGAUUAUUCAUUUUCGAAAGUACCAUAUUUGGAACGAAAAGAAGAGAUAACUGACCAAUCAAACUUCGUAAACAACGUGACGUAGUUUUACUUCAUGUUCCCGCGCCCGUUUGUAAAAAAAUGGCCGACAAACGGGGGAAAAACUCCCGAAAGCCGAGAAAGCUUUAAAAGGUUGAAACCAGGAAUCUUACCGAAACACUGAGCAGGAUAUUAUUGCCUUACCACCCGGGCCAAACAUAACAUUAUGAAACCCACUGACGUUCUCGCAACUUCAUGAAGUUGUCACUUCAAAAAACGAUGCCUCGUUGACCCUCUACACAGUAAACUUAUACUGAAAAUAGGCUUUUAAAAUUCUUAUAUUAAAAGUCUAGAAUAAACAGUAAAAAAUAUUUUCAAAUAUUAUUAAUUAGCUGCGUAUCGAAAAGUGUCUAAAACCUGAACCUGACAUUUUCGCAAAAAGUGAUGCGUGUAAUGAAUGUGAGAAGCAUUUAAGCUUAAAUUUAGCUUGGAUGUUGUAGUCACGAUCGUGUUUUGAACUAAUUUUAUAAAUGAGCAAACUCAAAACAAUAGACAGAGAAGCCGUUUCUUGAAAAUUUUUAUUCAAAAUCCAAAAAGUUAAUCCUUUAAAGCAAUUCGGAAAACACUAUCUGGAUCGUGGAUCCGUUUACUGAAGUGAAAUCGGCUGAGCACAUGGCAAAAUCCAACACAAAAUCCAUCUCAAAUUGGGGCACAUUUUGUAAUUUUUCUUCAGCGCCGAAGAGAAAAAUUUAUAAAACGUCUAUGAAACAUUUAAAAAUACAUAAAUUCCCUUUCAAAAACGUAAUUUUCUUGGCCAUAGAGUGCAAAAUGAACCUGAAAAUUCAGCAAAAACUUCACUGCCUUGGUUGCAUUUCAAAACAGACCAUGCGCUCCGUCGAGAAAAAAACAAGGUUGAAUUCCUCGAAGGACGAUUUCUUGAUGAAAAGCUUCCCUUCCUCCACAAAAAGAAAGCUGAGCAUUCUUUCGAACUUUCUCUUUCCAUUUUUUGUCUUUUAACGGUUUAUUUUUAACCUUGAAAUGCAGAACUCUUGCCUUAAAACAUCUGCAUGGUGAUCGCGCGGCAGCCAUUUGUUGAAAAUGGAUAUCUGUCACUAAGGUUUCCAAACUGAUGGUAAAACUGAAUAUUCACGAGCAUUGAACGCGAGUUACACGUUUCAACCCCUUAUGAGUUUCUGGUAGACUUCAAUAUCAAGACGGCUGUACCCUGAUACGAAACAUUAAAUUGAAGACCUGCCAUUUAUUCCCUGUUUAAGUUUCUUCUUCAAGAAAAUUUGAAAGUUGAGACUGUGCAUUGAUUACAGUUUAGGAAACCUUGGGUUGUUUGGAUAGGAACGCUACCAGGUGUUUCUGACCAGCACCAACUAUCAGCACUGAAUUAAGUACACGUACUAACUCAGAGGUAUUGGUAAGUACCUUACUCAUGCGCACAUCUAUUAAUCAACCGGGCAGUGGCAGCCAUGGAUGGUUGUUUUGUCCUCUUUGGGGCUCAUCAGCAUGGCUUAGCCGUCAGGCCGACGAGCAGAUAAAGCCGUGUUUUUUUUUUGUUUCGAAGAGGGGUGUACGCAGCAGAGUGCAAUUUCCCGCCACCCAUUUAACCCACAGAACACCAACACAAGACCACUGCACUUAACAACACCAAACUAUAUGUUAAAUGCCUCAGGAUACGACGGGUGCACAGGCACGCCAAAAAUUCUCCUGGGUAAUGACCUCUACAUCCCUUACAAAAGUAGAUGACAGGAAAAACAACUGCAAAGAGAAAAACGCCACAAUCAGUCAAGUUAAAGGACGCGAUAGGAACUGACCACUACAACUGACUAGAACUGGGUACUGCAAGCUAAGUGAACAGACAGACAAAGGACCUAAUGUACCUCCACGACAAUGAUGGCGCGCUAUGGAAUGGAAUAAAAGAGCCUGACAACGACGCAGGGGGUCAAUAUUCAGGGACAAAAACUAAUUUAACAACGCCAAUGAACACCAAAGGAUAUAAAACGCAGUAGGCAACACAAGAGCAUUCACAAAUGGACAACCAGCUGACCAUCACUAACAGAUGCCACAACACCACGGGUACCCCACUGUCGAACAAAAUAACCGCGACGACGAGAGGAACAAAAACGUUUGAAGAGCAGGGGAGGGUGAAAACGAAUACGCAACCUUUACCUGCACAAGUUAAUAAUCGCCAGCCUCGAAUAAGCGUCCAUCCCGUCCUCCUCCCAAUCAAACUCAAUAAACGCUCACCCCCACCCCGCCGACCUGAGUGAAUAAAUUCUAAUAAGAGACUUCCCCGAUGACGGAGUUUUCAGAGUAUUUUACAGAAACCUUGCUUUGUUACUUCUUCGCGUUUUUUUUUAUUAGCAUUUGUUGUUUUGUUGCAAAAUAAAAAUACUUCACUUGCUGAAAAUGGUGAAAAUUUGAUAAGCGCCCAGCCUCGAAUAAGCACCCACCUCGAGUAAUCGCCCACUCUCAAGGUCCAGAAAUUUAAUAUGCGCCCAGGGCGGUUAAUCGAAUAAAUACGGUAGAUACCCUUGCUAAACGCUUUAAUGUCUGCUCUUCCUUUUCUGUGUUAUCCAUCAGAGUCAGUGGCUCCUUAUCUACAUGUGUCAGUAAGCGACGUGUAGUUAAUUGAGGGUCUCAAUGGGGGUUAACCGAUAGGCGUAAAACGGCCAAAAAUUUAGUUGAUAACCGUAAAAAUUGAAAAAUUUUAAUCGUUAGCCGUAAAUAGGGUAAAAAAGAGUUAACCGUAAAAGAAAUUUUUCCCUAGAUUUGCUACUUUUAAAGGAGGUACUAAACUCACUUAUGAUUGCGUUUUUUAUUUCCCGGCUAGUGUGACUCCGUACACACAUUAGGGAAGCGCCUUUUAGGUGUUGACCAAGACCUAGGCUCCAUCUCCGCCGCUCUGUCGGGGAACUAAUUUUUUCCGUAGCGAAAGUGUGGCUUCUUGCUGGGCAUUAAUAUUUGCGAUUUUCAGGAGGUCGUGCCAUCGAAACACUAGUGAAACAACACGCAGAGAUGUCACUGUUUGUAAAACACGUUGCCGAUAAACAACAUUUCCCUGUUUUUCUCUGACGCUACGGUAGACUUUGCCAUGCCUAGUCCCUGUACAGUGUCUUCCCACUAAAUCUCGGUCAAGACAUUUCGGCGGCGAACUCGCUCAGACCACGUGACCCUAAACGCAUCAACCUCGUCCCCAGGGCUUUUCCCUUGAAGGCUGGAAACGCAUUAGCCGCGCGGAAUAAUGAGACCUACGAACAAGGCAACGGCAGACAGUCGUUCUGUACAGUCCUUCGCUAUCAUUAAAAAUUACUGGACACGGGAAUUUUGUUUUUGGCCGUUUUCACGCUAGAGCUAGAAAUGGAUUGUCCUGUAUACAGUCGCGCCCUCCACACAGACACCCAUUCUCCGAUUUUUUCUGAGGGAACGGGGCGGCUGUAAACAGGCUAUCUGGAACGGAUAAUCCGGUCCUCAAACUGUCCGUCGAAAUUGACGGAUAAAGUCAGCGGAUUGUUCACUGAAAAUUAAAACUAUUCCCUUUUUCAGAUUAAGACGUAUUACCUAUCUGACGCGAAUCAUCAAACGGAUAACCCGUCUAACACGAAUAAUCCGUCUUUAGUGUGAAAACGGCCAUUUCUGUUAUAAUGAGUGUCGCGGCCCGGCCUUGAGUUGAGCGUUUGCGUGUCUGCUUUUGCUUUUUCACAAAGAUUAUUUUUUAAUUGACUAUUGACAUUUCUAUGUUUAAAAUAAUAUUAGAAGUGGAAUACUUCAUAAAAAGUAUGAUCUAUCAAAUGUUAAAAUUUUUCAAAAGAAUAGCUUAUUUCAUCCCGAGAUGAUCUGAAGACCUUUAUUUUGAUUUAAAGAUACAAAAAAUACAGGUUAAUUAAUAUUUGACUUUUUGAAACAAAAGAAGUUAAUUUUUAACUUUUUUGUUAACCGUAAGUGAAAAGAAUUAACCGAUAGCCGUAAAAGAGCCAAAAUUUUAGCCGAUAACCGUAAAAGCCGCCACCCCAUUGAGACCCUCUUAAUUAGAUCACUAAAUUUCAGUCUGUGUUUUAUUCAUUUUUAGUUCCAAUCUGCGAGGCUUUUUAAUAGUUCAAGGUUUUUUGUUUUUAGUAGAUAUGUUGUCCCUAUACUUGUCUUUCUCCCUCCACGACUAGCUUUCCAGCUAUUUGCAGGGCAAACUGUGCAACUCCCGUAUACAAAGAAUAAAGUUGUUUUUGUUGUUGAUGUUGUUGUUGUUGUACUAGCUAGAUUUCAACUUUAAACAAAGCCUUUAAACCUAUUUAAACCUUUUUUAAACUGUGCUGAAACAAGGCAAAUUAGAUAAGCAAAUGAUGAUGAGGAGGAGAAUGCUGAUGCUGAUGAUGAAAUAUAAACCUUUCUUGAACUAAUUUUUUUCCAUUCUAUAGGUCAUAAAAUUGAUUCGCAGAAAGUUGGACUUUUGCCUUCAAUUCUUUGUUGGUCUCUCUUGUAAAAAUCCUAACCAUGCGUGGCUGGUCUUUUUUCAUAAAUUAAUGUUAGUCGGCUUUGUUUUUCAGAAUAUCCGACGGAGAAAGAAUUGUUUGAAAGUCUCAACAACGGGACUCAGGAUAAGGUUUGGCUGCUCAAUUGCCUUUCCAAACUAGACACCGACCCCGAUUCAACCGUGAUUGUACGAGAAGCAAAAACAGAUGUCAAAAUCGGCGCAGACAUUAAGGUGCCACGGAAGAUAAAUAAAGAUGAAGAGCUGUAUAAAACGUGUUACGCUAACUGGUUUAACGAGACAGGGCAAACAAGUGAAAAUAUGAUGGAUAAAAUCAAGGCAAGUUGUUAAAUUAGUCAUUACAAGCUAAUUGGAGACCGUGCUAGCUUUUACAGAUCCGCCGGUUCAACCGCAGCAAUCACGUAGAUCACGCUAUUUUGAAGCUAGAAAAGCUCUCAAAUUUGACGAACAAUCUGAAACUUUCAAAUACUCCCGCAUAAGGUGGAAGACUUGCAACGUGGACAAAAUUUCUGGACAAAAAAGGUCUGCUAAAAUCACUGACCGUUUCGCAUGCCUGUACUCUCAAUGCAAAAAUCUUUACAUUCGAGCAACAGAACUAGGUGAGGGUAUCCACGCACAUUUUUCGAGAUGCUGAAAAGAUUAUAACAAAAGAUGUAUCAAAACCCGUCGCGCGCCAUUCCAACAUUCAUAAUUAUUCUAGAAAAAACUUAGACUUGCCUUAAAAUCGCAGAGCACCAGAGCUUCUUUUGAAACUUUAGAACCGUCCCUUCGAAGUCUAGCUAUCGAGGUGAAGAGCUCGUUAGGUUUUCUCAAGCUAGGAGAAAAGCUGAUUAUUAAUCGUAAAGUACCUCAACAAAUCCCGGAGAAAUCCGAAAAAGUUGGAAAAAAGGCUGUAGACACUGUCACUCCAUUGUUGGUUAUGAGACAAAAAGGCUACCAAGAAAUGCCCGCGUUUCUUGCUUCAGAGUUUAGUUGUCAAAAGUAGCAGGAGAACUUUGUGAGUGUUAAGCUGCGAUCAUGUCAUCUAGUCUAGUUCACAUCGCCAAGCCAUUGCUGGUUUUUAUCGUAACGUAGUCAAUAAUAAAACACAAAACCAUUCAUCACAUAUUAAUUAUUAAGAAAAGAAUUUGACAGGUGAAAAAAGAUAAAUAUGCAGAAAGACGGUAGUUCCUUGGUUUUGCAAAUGGGUUUAAUCACCAAAUGUAAUGAAGUAUACUAAAGAUUGAAAAGACACUGAACUGAAUACCCAAAUACAUGCACAACAACACACAAGCAAACCCACAGUGGUUUUCGCAACACCAAGAAACAGCCAGAAAGUCUCGCCAAAAUCCAGAUCUGAAUUGCCGUAAGUGUUUCUUCAGUGAACGCUUUCAAAAUGUGAAUAAAAAUUUUCGUUUCUUACAUCACAACAGAAUAAAUGCUUUAAGAUAUAUAGCAGUGGAAAAUACCGUUACACGAUAAAGUGGACCACUGCAAAUGAGAAGAAAGUUACUGACUACAUUUUGUUUGGCCUCGCCGGACUUCUUCUUGUUUUCCUGAUUAUCGGAACACUGUGGGAGACCUGGUCGAGGAGACAAAAGAAGCAGAUCUCAAGAGGUUUGGUAGCCUUAUUUUUAGCAUUUAUAGCUAUUGCAACAGGUUAAGUAUGUACAUAACAAUUAUCCACCGAAGUGGAAGUGGCUAGUGGUGAUGGAUAUAUACCGAGGCUGCAAAGCGGCCAGGUAAAUAUCCCCACUACCAGCCACCGGUCGUCGCUUUUUCUUGCCGACAAAUAAAACUUUUGAAGGCAUUUGUUUAGCUCUUGAGGGGAAAUUUCUUCAAAAGGGGUUGUGAAUUCUUUUUGUAUUUAAAAUCAUUCUGUAAAGAAGAUUAUUAAAUUUAGUGCAGGAUAUUCACUGACUGAGUAGCCAAUCAGAGCGCGCGAAAAACACUAUCCACUGUUUUAGUAUAUACUAAAAAGAAUUAUGUAUAGAUCAAGGGGGUUGUUAUCCACCUUGGCCUAAUCCUUCAUAUCAUAUACGAAUCAAAGCAGUACUUCAACCACUGUGUUAUUAUUCAUUCGAAAUGUUCUAGGUUACAGUCUUGUCGAAACCCGAUGUAACUCGGUUCUAGGGAAAAUCAAGCCCAUUAGCUUGGUUAUACAUUGGAACCCUGCCUUACAGCCAUCUCGGUAAUACGGUGGCCUUGUUACUACGGCCACUUAUUUUUGCCCGGCAAAACGGCCAUACAUUUUCUUAUAAAAUAUUACCCCGUUAAUGUUGACACCCUUUAAUACGGCCAACGGCCACAUUUUAAAAUCCCAAACAGUAGAAUCUUUUAUGUCUGUGACCUGUCGAUUUCAUUGAACUAGUAAACUGACCCUGUUCUUGUGACGUUUUUAGACUACAGUACGCUCAAAAGGCAUUUAUCAAAUUUAUGGCGGUUUAAGAGUUGGUUUUUAAAAGGGUUUUGUGUUUUACCGAAGGAAAGUUUCCAGUAGUUUAUACGUUUACUGUACGCGAUAACGACAUUCCUGUUCAAGUUGUUUAUUAAGGAAAACAGUUGUUCUAGAAAUGCGAAAGCGAUGUAUGGUGUAUUUGUCAUAAUAGCCCUUAAUUCAUGAAAUUUGACCCCGCCCCAGUAAUACGGUCACCCCGUAAAUACCGCCAAAUUUAUUUUGACCUACUAGUGACCACACUAAAGGGUUUCCACUAUAUCUCUUUCCUCCUUUAUUUUGCGGAAUAUUUAAAAAGUAAUAAUUAUAUAUACAAGAUAUUUUCGUGCCAGGCAAUACUUUUUUUCGCGUCUAUUGUUAAAAGAAAGCUCCCGGAGACUCUCCGCCUCGUUUUUGUGCAAUUUCGCAGCGCAAGUUUCGGGACUCUUGCUUUUAAACUAUUGCACUUGGGCAAAGUUUUCAUCUUUGCGGACUGAAAAACCACGAAAAUUUGAAACCACAACCGGAAAAGAAAACUUUUAGUCAAGUCAAGGAGGGUCGAUAUCUCACUAGUAGUAGCCUGUUCCAGUUUCGUCCCGUUUUAUUUUACUAGUGUAGCCCGGAACAGGCUACACUUACUAGUCAUUACUAGUGGGAAUUAAUUGUCAUUGUUUUGAAACAUUGAGAACUAAAUUAGGCCAGAUACCUGAGAGAAAAUAUAUCUCUUCGUUGUCCGAUCAUUUGUCAUAGGAACGUUUUCAUCCUUUCCCAGUCAGUUCGGGAGGGUGGGAGAGAUGAAGAAAAUAAAGUGCUUGGCUGCGAAUACAUUUGGCUCGGAGAAUAAUAACAAGCCCGUGACGGUACUUGCUUGGGUAGACUGUAAUUGGCUUGCCUGUAGAAAGUUCCCGUAAAAAGACAGUUACCGCUGUGAUUCCCACUGUUUAGCUCGAGUUUUCCAAAAUCUACCUGCCCAACCAAGCACUACAGCGUCUUUGAUGUUUUUUUUGCGAUUUUCAAAGUUUUUUCCAAUUUGAAAACUUGGGGUCGCACUUGCGCAAUGUGCCCCAUGACAGAUUUCUACCGCAAGGUAAACAAAUUCUUCCAGAAAUUUGCCAAGUGCGACCCUAAAAAACAAAUAAAACCUAACCUCUGGCACCCUGUGAUUUUGAUUUUUUGCGGGAUUUAUUUGACGGCACGGACAUAGACUAAUGUUACCUUGGCCUUUCGCAACACCAGUGUGAUGACACCUAAUUAUAUCAUUUUGUCUUUCCACAGCCUACAAUGUUGAUGUGGAAACGGCAACAACUUCACCAGGACAAGAAAUGAAAACAAUGAGC